AUGUGUGGGGGUGUAAAAGUUAGAGAAGAGGUUGCUGUGCAGGAAGGGGGGAGCGUUGUGCACACAGCAUCAGCCCAGCGGAGAGGAGUGAUGCAGCAGAGAUGGGGAGCCUUUGCGAAGAAUAAUUAGUAACCAUGACAACAGAGACGGGCCCAGAUUCUGAGGUGAAGAAUGCCCAAGAGGAAACUCCACAGCAGCAGCAGCUAGAGGCGACGGCAAGUGGGCCAAAUGCAAUGACCGGCAGCUCUGUUCCCACAGUGAACAACCAGGAAGCUGAUGCAAAUGAGAAGCCAGGAGCCCACAGUGAUGCCAAACAUGCGGAGCAGGCUGUAGACAUGGAUGAGAAGGACUACAGUGAAGCAGAUGGGAUAUCUGAGAGAACCACCCCCAGCAAGACUCAGAAAUCACCUCAGAAAGUCACCAAAAAGCUCAAGAGUGCCAUCUGCAGAGUGACCCUGCUUGAUGCCUCAGAGUUCGAGUGUGAAGUGGAGAAACACGCCCGGGGCCAAGUGCUCUUUGACAUGGUCUGUGAGCAUCUCAACCUCCUGGAGAAGGAUUAUUUUGGGCUCACGUUCUGUGAUUCAGACAGUCAGAAGAACUGGCUGGACCCUUCUAAGGAAAUAAAAAAGCAGAUUCGAAGCGGUCCCUGGAACUUUGCUUUCACUGUCAAGUUUUACCCUCCUGACCCUGCCCAGCUCACAGAGGACAUCACAAGAUACUACUUGUGCCUCCAGCUCCGGGCAGACAUUAUCAGUGGGCGUCUGCCAUGCUCCUUCGUCACACACGCUCUGCUAGGCUCCUAUGCGGUACAGGCUGAACUGGGAGACUAUGAUGUGGAGGAGCAUGUGGCCAACUAUGUCAGUGAGCUUCGUUUUGCUCCAAACCAGACCAGGGAACUGGAAGAGCGCAUUAUGGAGCUGCAUAAAACUUACCGGGGCAUGACACCUGGGGAGGCAGAAAUUCACUUCCUGGAAAAUGCCAAGAAGCUUUCUAUGUAUGGAGUUGACCUGCAUCAUGCCAAGGAUUCAGAAGGCAUUGACAUUAUGCUGGGUGUUUGUGCCAAUGGCCUUCUCAUCUAUAGGGACCGGCUGAGGAUAAACCGUUUUGCCUGGCCCAAGAUCCUCAAGAUUUCAUACAAGAGGAGUAACUUCUACAUCAAAAUUCGACCUGGUGAGUACGAGCAGUUUGAGAGUACGAUUGGGUUCAAGCUGCCCAACCAUCGUUCAGCCAAGAGACUUUGGAAAGUUUGCAUUGAGCACCACACGUUCUUCAGGUUGGUGUCCCCGGAGCCUCCUCCAAAAGGCUUCCUCGUCAUGGGCUCCAAGUUCCGCUAUAGCGGGCGAACACAGGCACAAACACGCCAGGCCAGCGCCCUGAUCGAUCGUCCCGCCCCAUACUUUGAGCGCUCCUCCAGCAAACGGUACACCAUGUCUCGCAGCCUCGAUGGAGAAUUCUCCCGCCCAGCUUCUGUCAGCGAGAAUCACGAUGGAGGAGUAGAGUCAGAGAAGAGAGAAGACAGCAGGUAUGGCGGAAGGACACUUUCCGAGGCUGAGGAUGAUGAGCUGACCACUCCCACAAAAAUCAGAGAACUAAAGCCGGAGCAAGAAACCACCCCAAGGCACAAACAGGAGUUUUUAGACAAACCGGAAGAUGUUUUGCUAAAGCAUCAGGCCAGCAUCAAUGAGUUGAAGAGGACCCUGAAGGAACCCAACAGCAAACUCGUGCACAGGGACAGGAGACUGCCAUCCUCGCCUGCCUCUUCCUCACCGAAACACGAGGACGAGACACCAAAGGGGACCCCGGAGAAGACUAAUGAGAGGUCAGAAGAAGAUUCUCCAGAGGAUCUGUCAUCUGAGCAUGGAGCCGCCUUAAUCAUGGAGUCUUUUACACAGAAAAGCCUUGCUUCUUCUCCUGAGAGCAAAUUUCAAGAACCAGCUUGGGAAGAAAAGGAUUUAUCAGGCCCAUCAGUAAAUGCCUCCUUGAAAGAAGAGAGUGUAAAGGCUGCUGCUGCCCCAGUGGCCUCUCAGAGAGCGGGAUUGAGGGAGGGCACAGAGGAGAAAUCUAAGCCGCCACGGCACAGGGCUCCUGAAAGUGACACAGGGGAUGAGGACCAAGACCAAGAGAGAGACUCAGUCUUCCUAAAGGACAACCACUUGGCCAUCGAGCGCAAGUGCUCAAGUAUCACUGUCAGCUCAACUUCCAGCCUCGAGGCCGAGGUGGACUUCACAGUCAUUGGUGACUACCACAGCGCAGCCUUUGAAGAUUUCUCCCGGAGUUUGCCUGAGCUUGACAAGGAAAAGGGCGAGGGAGAAGGAGAAAGUCAGGUUUCUUCUCGAGACUCUGACAAACCAGCUCCCAAGCAGGAAGAUUAUGUCAAGGACAGUGAUGAAGCUUCCCCUGUAAUUCCAGAAGAGUCAUCAGUUGUGAAAACAGAAACUGUGAAAAAAGCAGAAGAGACCUCUGUGCACCAGAGAAUCACUGCAAUAGAAACUACACAGGUCGAUGGAACCACCACUUGUGGAAGAGAGACAAUAACCACUUCCCACAUUGUCAGCACAGAAACCAUUUCUACAUCCUCUGACCACGGCACCCCCAAGCCUGGGAAGGGAACAACAGAAUUUCGCUCCAUCUCUCCAAUCACCAGCAGUACUGUUGGGAAAGAAGCCUUCACCAGCCUUUUUGGGGCCACGGCGGAAACUCUCUCCACUUCCACAACUACCCAUGUUACCAAGACUGUGAAAGGAGGGUUUUCUGAAACAAGAAUAGAAAAGCGAAUCAUCAUAACAGGAGAUGAAGAUGUGGACCAGGAUCAGGCUUUGGCUUUGGCAAUCAAGGAAGCAAAGCUGCAGCAUCCCGACAUGCUGGUAACCAAAGCUGUAGUAUAUCGAGAAACAGAACCAUCUCCAGAGGAAAAGGACAAGAAGCCUCAGGAAUCUUGACCUUUGGGUUUCUAGAAGUUGGCAUCUCUAUUUUAAUUUGGAGUAAAGAAGGGGCCUUUUAUGCUGGAUUCCUCAAUGAGACACAGAACGUCCUGGCUGCAAGAAUAAUGUUGAGAGACAAAAAAAAUUAAAUAAAAAGGAAUAGCAAAUAUAUUAUAUAUUAUAUAUACAGGAAACAAAAAUGCAUCCUUGCACUGCUGCUAUAUUCUGGAGAUGAAUUACAAACAGCCAACAUCAGCAACAAAACAAAACCGACCACCUCUUCAAAGAAAUUGAAGGAUUGACUGGACUGAUCUUAAAAGAAAAACACACACACACAUGAUGGUAAUAAUAUUAUUAACAAUACAAUAAACCACCGUUCUGCAUGUUACAUUUAAAGGAUACAUAGCUCAUUUGUUGCACACUGAAUGGAAAAGCAAAAAUGCUUUGCAACAAAGCAAGAAAUCAACAAGCAAAACCACAAAAUGAUUCCCUGCAUAGGAAAGAAUCAAAAAAACAUUAACUUGUAUGAUGCUUGUUUAAUUAUUUUCCAAUCUGGGAUGUGUGGUGAUCAUUCUUUCUCCCCACUCCAUGCCACUUCUGUUGCUUCACCUUUUUGGUUCUGUUUAUUUUCCUAACUCGUCUUUCCUUAUUA